AUGCAGUUCAAACUUGCUUUGCUCGCUUUGGCUGGUGUCGCUUUGGCCGACACCACCUCUUCGUUGAGACUUUCGGAUUCACCCGAGUCCACGACUUUUCCAUGCAAUACUAACACCCCAGACUCUACACUCACUUCGACAACCUCCAUUUCUGUCGCUUCGGGAUGUUCGUUCUCCAAGACCCUCACUGCCACCGUGCAAUCCGACUUGGAUGAUCUUUCCUCCUGUUCUGCUAUCGAGGGUGACAUUCUCAUCACCGGUGACCUGGCUACUGCCUCCAUCGCCAACGUCAAGGCCAUCUACGGUUCUUUGACCGUCUUCAACGCCUCCUCGUUGACCUCCUUUGCCGCAGACUCCCUUACUACCAUUACCAAACAAUUGGAGCUCUCCCAGCUCACCAUCUUGGACACUCUUUCUCUUGGAUCUCUUGACUCUGUUGGAGCCAUCAACUGGGUCACUCUCCCAGCCUUGACCUCCUCUGGUUUGCACGGUGUUACCGACUGUCAAAGUAUCUACAUUUCUGACACCCAAUUGGAGUCCUUGGACGGUUUGAACCCAUUGGUUGUUGAGAGCUUCAACGUCAACAACAACAAGAACUUGGGUUCCAUCAACUCCGAGAUCCAGUCUGUUUCUAACGCUCUGUCCGUUUCUUACAACGGUGACGACACUGAUGUCAGCUUUGACUCUCUUAAAUGGGCCAACAACAUCACCUUCUACUCUGUUUCAUCGAUCAACUUGCCAAACAUCACCACCGUCAACUCCUCUAUUGGUAUUUUCGAGUCCAACGUUGAGGACCUGGACUUUUCUGGUGUGACCAAGAUUGGUGGUGACCUUUCCAUCGAGAACAACGACGAGUUGACCUCUGUCGACUUCUCCAGCUUGACUUCUCUUGGUGGUGGUUUCGUGGUUGUCAACAACUCCAAGUUGGCCGGCAUUGACGGCUUCGACGAGCUCAAGUCCAUCGGUGGUGCCGUUAUCUUGAAGGGUGACUUCGACAACGCUACCUUGCCAUCCCUGUCCACCGUUAGAGGUGGCUUCGACCUCGAGACCACCGGUAAGGUGGACUGUGACGAGUUCGAGUCCUUGUCCAAGAAGGGCGGUAUCCAAGGUGACAAGUUCGUCUGCUCCGCUGCUACCGAGUCCUCGUCUUCUGUCAACCACUCCAAGACUGCCGACUCCUCUUCUUCUGGCUCUGGCUCUGCCACUGCCUCCGACGAGUCCACUUCUGCCGGUUCCUCCUCCUCCUCCAAGGGUGCUGCUGCCAUCAACGGUGUUUCCGUCUUUGGUACUCUCUCUGCUUUGUUGCUUGCCUUGUUGUAA